ACGUGAUAUAUCUAUUAUAUUUAUUUUGUAAAUAUUUUUUAUUCAAAGUUUGUCGAGGUUUAAAAUUAAUUCAUUGCUGAUUAAGUUCUUUAGUCAAUAUAAUAAUGUCUAGCUUUAAAAAGAGAGUAAAUUGUAAAUCAAUUAAUGGCACAAAAACAAGUUCACUUAAUGGAUUAGCGAUAACAUCAACUGGAAAUCCAUCUUUGGAUCAUGUAAUAGGUGGAGGACUUCCAGUAGGCUCUGUAUUAUUAAUUGAGGAAGAUCGGUUUUCAACGUACUCAAAAGUAAUGGGGAAAUACUUUCUAGCCGAGGGAAUAUAUUCAGAGCAACCAAUAUUUUAUGCAACCUUAGAUGACAAUCCCUCCGAUUUAUUGAAAAAAUUGCCUAAACCUGUAGUUAAUGCCCAUUAUUUAGAAGAUAAGCAAAAACCUAACCUGAAUCCUAUACAAAUUGAAGAAGAUGAAAUGAGAAUAGCUUGGCGUUAUAAUGAAUUACCAAAAAUAAAUUCUGAACAAUCACCCGAUUUUGUUAAUAUUGGACAUCAUUUUAAUUUAACAGAACAAAUUGAUAGUGAUAUUUUAGAUAAAGCAGUUAAAUAUGUUUGGAAUGGGUUAAAUAUGGAUAUUACAAAUAACACAUUUUGUAAUUCACGAUAUAACGAUUUAUUAAAGAAAAUAUCGGAAGUUUUGAAUUUAAAAAAAUUUUCUAUUGAAGAUAAUAACCAAGAAAAAAGUUUACUCAGACUAUGUAUUACAUCUUUAGGUUCACCAUUGUGGUACAAUAAUAAUUUUAAAGAGGAUUUUUUAAAGUUUCUUACGAUUUUAAGAAUUAUGAUAAAAAAUACAUGUGCGGUGUGUUUUCUUAGCAUACCGCUUAACUUGUUAAAAAUACUAGAUGAAACUUUACCGCCCCAAAUUCGAAAUUUAGUUGAUUAUUCUUUUGAACUUGAAUCGUUUGCUGGUUCUGAUAAAGAGACUAAUCCAGCUUUCAAGGAGUAUAAUGGAAUAUUUCAUAUAAGAAAAUUGAAUGCCGUUAAUUCUUUAGCAGCUAUUAAUCCAGAAACAACAGAUUUAGCGUUCAAACUGAGAAGAAAAAAAUUUGCCAUUGAAAAACUUCAUCUUCCUCCAGAGCUUCAAGAACCAACUGAUUCACAACAACCAUCAACUGAUAUAAUGCCAACUCUAAGUUGUGCCAGCAGUGGAGGUGGAAGUAUUUUUUUUCAAAAUCAUUUGGAAGGAGUUCAAAUACAUUAA